UUUGUUUUUUUGAUCCGGACAUAAUUCUCAUGUCGAAAAUAAACUUACGUAAAAGUAUACAUAUAAAAUCUCAAAUAAACUAAUUUGUAGAUUAUAUAGCUGUUAAAAGUUAUGUUUUUCGAUAUAAUAAAACUUUGUAUUAUAAUAUAAUCCAACAAUCCCGCGCUUUCCAAGUGCGGGUCAAAAUCUAGUAUUCUUUUAAUCCCCAAUAUGAUACGAAUAAUACUGUUAUAUAUAUAUUCUGCCAAAAGCAAAACCUAAAAACUUAAGCACCUAAACAUCUAAAGUCUCGUCUGUAGAUUCUGCAAUUUUCAUUGUCUAAAGGUAAGAUCAUCUAACAUAAGUUCUUCUAGGAUCAAUAAAGACAAAAGGUAGAUGCCAAUAGUCUUUUAGUUAAAAAGGAUUUGGAUUUUGAGAUUUGAGUUGGAUUCUUUCGGAAUGCUUACAGGUCUUCGUUACGUUGAAUUGAUUAUCAAAAGUCUGCUCUUUUACUAUUAUGUAUUUCUUCUCCCUUUGACUUGGUUAAGAUUUUUCAUGUAGCUUUAAAUUUGAUUAUCAAAAGUCUGCUAUUGGUACGACUAGUUUUCUAAUAGUCAUGAUGAGACAGCUACUACUUCCCUCCCAUAGUCCCACUGGGUUAACUGUUUCCAAGAAACGUCUUUGCUUAAAAAAACAUAUUUUCACUUGUCAGUAUAUAUGAACAUUGAACAUUCUGAUCUUUGUUAUUUUAUGGACUUGCACGCCGUGUGAAUAGAAUGAGUACAGGCUCAGGAGUUGUAUCUACAAUUGUGAAGAAGUGGAGAGAGCAUCCACCUUCUUCUUAUUGCCUCAAGGUUGACAACUUCAAACAACUUGAGAAGUUCACAACAUCCUCUGAUGAUAAAUACCAAUCUCGUCUUUUCUCUGCUGGUGGAUAUAACUGGAAACUGAUCGUAUAUCCAAAAGGGAACAAAAAGGACAAUGGAAAAGGAUUCAUUUCGAUGUAUGUGGAAAUAGACAGCAAAAGCUUAAAAUCAGAACAACAAUGUGAGGUGUUUGCUGAACUCAUUUUCUUUGUCUACAACAAGAAAGAAAACAAAUACUUUACUGUUCAAGAUGUAGAAGUAAAGAGGUUCAAUGCACUUAAGACAGUGUGGGGGUUACGGCAAGUUCUUCCAUUUGAUUCAUUCAACAAUCCUGUAAACGGUUAUGUCUUUGAGGAAGAUCAAUGUGAGUUUGGUGUUGAUGUCGUUGUUCCAUCACCCCUUACCAACUGGGAGAUUCUCUCUUUUAAUGAGAAACUCCAAAAACCCAAGUUCUCUUGGACUGUUAAGAAGUUUUCUCAGUUGAAAGAGCAUGAAUACACGUCAAAAAAAUUCUCAGUGGGAGAAAGAAACUGGGUUUUAAAGCUGUACCCAAAGGGAAACUCUAGAGAAGAUGACAAAUGGUUAUCAGUUUUCCUGCAUUCAGCUGAUAGUGAUGCACCAAAAGCAGAUGAGAAGAUUUUCGUGCAAGCAAAGUUACGAGUUCUAGACCCACAUGGAUCCAAUCACAAGGCAUACCAAAUGGACACCUGACAUAUUGAAAAAAACAUGGGUUGGGGUUGGGAUGAGUUUUUGUCUUUAGAUGAACUUCGGAAGGCUUACUUAGACAAAGAAGAUGCUUUGAACGUUGAGGCCGAAUUCGAAGUUGUUUCUGCGACCAAAUAUUCUCCCAUUAUCUAAGCACUGCUAUUAUGCAGCUAUUAGAGCUUUUGUUUUAGGUGACGUUUUAGAGCUUUUGUUUUCCAAACUUUUAUGCAGAAUAUAGUGACUUUUGGCUUUUAUCGCAUUCAUGUUUAUGAUCGAAAGUAAAUUGCACAUUAAAACAGUGAUAAAUAAGGAUAUAGCAGACAAUAGAUUAGCUUCCUUAAUUUAUGUGCAAUCCUCUAAAACCUCAACUAAAUAAAAACAGCGGGAUUAGUUAUAAAGAAAAAUUAUCACGUUUCAACAAAUUUGUUUUUACGAAAGAAAAAUUCCCUUCGUUGUUUGUAAUAUUCAAGAACACAAAAUAUAAUCCCCCAAUUCUAUUCUACUUGCUACGAUAUUUACCACUUACCAUUAACUUGGGGUAUGGAUCUGAGUGUCUU